AUGAAGCUAAUUAUACUAGUAACAGCUAUCUUCAUCAUUGGCAUGGAACAGCAUGAACUAAAUUUGUCACCAAAAAAUGGCACCUUAGUUCAUACUGGAAGUAACCUUGCAUUCAUCUGUUCUGUUAGACCAUGCAAUGAGACUGGCAGUGUUCUGCUAUCUUUUGGGAAUGCUGAAAAAUUAUUCAGUGGAAUAUGCAAUGAAACAUUUGUACACAGAAUAACAGGAUAUGUGUUUUCAUGUAAUUCGAAUCAGUGCUUGUAUACACUGAAUGUGCAUAAUGUUCAUGUUACUGGUCAGCAACAAAUGAUCUGUAAAUAUCGGUCGUCUACAGAAAACGUCAUCAAUAAAACCACCACGAUCAGAGUAUCAGAUUUUCCUAGUAAACCCACCAUUAAACCAGAAGGUCCAUUCUUCCUUACACAGGAGGUUAACCUUACAUGUAAAUCGAUUGGGGGAAAUCCAGUUCCAAGAAUGAUAUUUUCUUGCAAUGGUAACAAUGGAACAGAGAAAAUGGGUUUAGACAGAGUUGUUAAAUCUACCCUUUAUUUGAGAAUGGACUCUCACAUGGUGAAUUCACUUUGUACAUGUGUAGUUAUUCAAUCACAAAAUGACUAUGAGCAGGAAACAACAUUCUAUCCCGUUAUAUACUCAGACAACUUCACUACCAUAUCACCACCUGGGCCAUAUGUUGAUGGUGAAAAUAUUGAAUUUAAGUGUUGUAUUGGAAAAGUAGACAGCCCUAGAACUAAUCUAUCCUUGCAGUGCCAUGGUGAAUACGUAUCACAACAAAUUGACAAUGUUACCUGUCUUGAUUUAAAUGUUACUAUUGGUAUAGACAAACAUGGAACAAAAUGCACGUGUACAGCUCAAUCGGAGGAUAUGAGCAUCGAUGUGACCUCUAAGAUUCAACUCGUUAUUAACCAAUAUGAUCCAGCAUUCGAGUUAUCACCUUUUUACACAACUAUCUUUGGCAACACAACAACAUUGACAUGCCAUGUACCUGGUUUACAACAUCCCUUUGCCUUUGGGAACUGGCAAUUUAUGAAUGGAAAAGACGAGAAAACGAUAAUUAUAGGAUCAAUCACCUCAAAUAUUACAACCGUAUUAACAGUCAGCAAUAGCUCUUACGCAGACAUAGGGUCAUACUAUUGCACCGUCGUUGAUGAAAGGAAACAUGGUAGCAUGGUAGCAAAUGCAUCGACUGAGUUAAAAGUAAAAGGCACGUAA